ACUGUACCCACUACCACCCCACUCUCUUAUCAUAUGGCGUCUAAGAUUUUACUGCUCGGCUCGCUCUUUCUGACAUUUGCGUUCUCGGUUGUGGGGUGGUCGGUUGUGAUCAAUGCUCUUGUGAAAUCCAACCAAGAAAGCUCAUAUGUUAAGAGCGUAGUACCUGAUGGCACUAUCGUGGAUAUCAACUAUCAUGAUAUCUACUCGGUUUGCUCUGUCAUCGCGGCAGCCUGUGCACUUCUGACAACCCUCUCCCUCGUCUCAACAAUCUCUCAAUUAUUAUCGAUUGGGAGAAAACGGAGGCUUUUGUACCUCCAAGCAUAUCUCAUGUUGUUUGGUGCCUUAUGGCUUCUGGCUACUGUCAUCGCGUGUGAUGUUCUCUUCGCCACUCGGUCAACCAAGAUCACAGCAACUCUUGAUGGAUUCGCGCUACCCCAAAGCGACAUUCAGCAGAUGGAGCAAGAGAUUGGUGUUUCACCUGAAUACAGAAAGAAGUGGUACCUGAGACUCUGCGCGAUCCUUCCCUGGUUCGCCGUCCUUUUCGCAACACUCAGUGGACUAUUGAUUCACAAGGCCGCUCGGAACACCGAUGACUAUGGGGGCAUGGAGGCAACAGAGUCAGAGAAGAUUGCACGAACCUCGGAUGUGCAAUAGGUCUGGAUGGCCAUUCAUUUGAAAUUGACUGCCUAUCGUCCGUUGAAAUAUAACUGUUGUACUAUACUAGCGCUUCACGACGCACGAAUGACUCAUUCAUCCGCUACUGACACAGAGAGUUCUGUAUCACGAUUUUCCUUCCUCUCCAAUAUCAAACCCUCAUUUGUAUAUCCACUUUUGAUGGCGGGUGCGAGGUUGGAUACAGGUCCGUUGAACCAGUGCACACCUCCAAAUACCGGGCAGUAAUACCAGAAAACGGCAAGCGACAUAUACCCUCCAAGGACCACGACUGUAUAGUUCAUCUCCUGCGCAUUCG